CCGAUGCCUACUCUGCAGGUGACUGCUCUCUUUGUCGAAGGUGGCCAAGGGGUCUUCAUCACUCCUCUCUCUCUCUAAAAACGAUAGAAGUUAGAGCCGAAAGAAACCAGACGACUUCUACAGAGAGAAAACCUCAACAGAAAUCGAAAAACUCUCUCUCUCUCUCUAUGAACGUUAGAAGAGAGAAACCAGGUGAUUUCUAGAGAGAGAAAACCUCAACAGAAGUCUAUAAACUCUCUCUCUACUGAUCCCGUACGUCACAAGCUGUUCACCGCAAGGUUGGUGAUUCAAGUUUAUGGAUUCUAAAUCUGUAGUGGAUCUAUUGGAGGCUUCAGCAGGAGUUCAUUUUUCUGGGCUUCAUUUGGAUGGCAUAGAGAAUAAAAUGGCUACAGAAGUGGAUAAACCAUCGACCUCUACAAAUGAAGAUGUGCAUAAACAACCAUUUAUCAUAGGAGUUGCUGGUGGUACUGCUUCAGGAAAAACUACUGUUUGUGAUAUGAUUAUUGAGCAACUUCGGGACCAGCGUGUUGUACUUGUUAACCAAGAUUCUUUUUAUCAUACAUUGACUGAUGAGGAGCUAAAGCGGGCUCAUGAGUAUAACUUUGACCAUCCUGAUGCCUUUGACACAGAUGAGCUACUUCGUUGUAUGGAAAUGUUGAAACAUGGACAUGCUGUUGAUAUUCCAAACUACAACUUUAGGACCCAUCAAAGCCACAAAGCAUCGACACGCAAGGUAAACCCUUCAGAUGUUAUCAUUUUGGAGGGGAUACUACUUUUCCAUGAUCCUCGGGUCCGUGACUUGAUGAACAUGAAGAUAUUUGUUGAUACAGAUGCUGAUGUACGCUUGGCAAGGAGGAUAAGGCGUGACACAGUUGAGAAAGGUAGAGAUAUCAGAUCUGUUCUUGAUCAGUAUUCAAAAUUUGUGAAGCCUGCUUUUGAUGAUUUUAUACUUCCAUCAAAGAAGUAUGCAGACAUCAUCAUCCCUCGUGGGGGAGAUAACCAUGUGGCUAUAGAUUUGAUAGUGCAACACAUUCGUACAAAACUUGGGCAGCAUGACCUCUGUAAAAUAUAUCCAAACCUUUAUGUCAUUCAUUCAACAUUUCAGAUUCGUGGUAUGCACACUCUGAUACGUGAUGCUAAAACAACGAAGCAUGACUUUGUUUUUUAUGCAGAUCGCUUGAUCCGUUUGGUUGUCGAACAUGGUCUGGGUCAUCUUCCAUUUACUGAAAAGCAGGUUACUACUCCAACUGGAUGCGUAUAUACUGGAGUGGACUUCUGCAAAAGGCUUUGUGGAGUUUCAAUUAUCAGGAGUGGGGAAAGCAUGGAGAAUGCGCUACGCGCUUGUUGCAAGGGGAUUAAAAUUGGAAAGAUCCUUAUCCAUCGUGAAGGUGACAAUGGUCAGCAGCUAAUUUAUGAGAAACUCCCGAAGGACAUCUCAGAUCGCCAUGUUCUCCUCUUGGACCCAGUUCUUGGCACAGGGAAUUCAGCUGUUCAAGCUAUAUCUCUACUAAUACAGAAUGGAGUUCCAGAGUCUCACAUCAUAUUUCUUAAUCUCAUAUCUGCUCCUCAAGGAAUUCAUGUUGUCUGCAAGAAAUUCCCAAGACUCAAAAUCGUGACUUCUGAGAUUGAUGUUGACCUUAAUGAAGAAUAUCGAGUCAUUCCGGGAAUGGGGGAGUUCGGUGAUCGGUAUUUUGGAACAGAUGAAGAUGACCAACAGGAAAUCCCCCCUGUUUAAAUGUGUCAAAUUCAGUGCUUAAUAGCCUGGGAGAUCAUCCACCCCCUCCCCGACCCCCCAAAAAAAAUAAAAAAAGGGGGAAAUAAAGCCCCCAAUUUCCAAGUCAGUUAUAUCUAUUCACACAGUUAUUAUCAGCAGCCUUUGUUAUUCCGUUAUUGUUAAAACUGAUUAGUGUCUCUGCACACUUCUUGUUUAUUAUAAGGUGAAACGAUUGCUUAUGUGUUAUUUAAUGUAUUUUCCAGGAUACAUUAAUAAUAAAAUGUCACAUUUUUUUCGGUAUUUU